GUGACUCGUAUAUUUUGCGACAGGACGUACAACCACCGGCUCGUCGCCGCCGCUGUCUCAUCUCCGCUGGCAUAAAAACAAGUCAUCCUGGGGGGAGAGAAAGAGAGAGAGAGAGCGAGAAAAGAAAACAAAUCCUGUGUGUUUAUGUUACAGCCGACUGUUUAUAAUGUGAUACAAUGCACCAGUCGUCUGAGAAUCAAACACCAGUCGUCUUUUCUGUUGAGGAGGAAGGCGUCGUAGUGUUGAUAACCUUGUUGCAUUUGAAGGAAAAACCUCUCUUGACUGGAAUUCACUGCAGAUAGACACCACCAGCUGCCACAUCUCAUCCCACUGGGCUCCUGUAAGAGCCGCUCAUAGCUCCACAACCAAAUGAAGUUGACUGCCUCCCCGGAAGCUGCUCUCACAGAGAACUCCACCUGUAACCGGGACUCCUGCGCGCUGUGCUGGGCUCCGGUAGCCCACCCAUGCCUGUGAUCCCCAUCCCACGUAGGGUGCGCAGCUUCCAUGGCCCCCACACCACCUGCAUGCACUCGGCCUGCGGGUCGACGCACGCCUCCAAGCUAGUGCGCACCAAGUACAAUAACUUUGACCUCUACCUGCGCUCGCGCUGCAUGUACAGCUUCCUCCGCUUCCUCCUGUACUUUGGCUGCAGCCUGCUGACCUCUCUGCUCUGGGUGGCGCUCUCGGCUCUUUUCUUCCUGCAGUACAUCAGCGUGCGCGUGCUCCUGCGGCUGCAGUACAAGUUGUCCGUCAUCCUGCUUCUGCUAGGCCACCGGCGCCUGGACUUUGGCGUGCUUAAUGACCUGAUCAUCUACAGCAUGCAGAUCACCAUGUUUCUGGUGGGGGGCCUCGGCUGGUGCUUCAUGGUGUUUGUGGACAUGUAGCUGCAAUGUGGGCGACGUGGGAGAUGUAGUGUAGAACGUGGAUGCUUCACACUGUAACUUCAGCAUCGUGUGGUUUCAUGAGACAACACACACCUUCAGCAUGUCCUUGGGGGACUGCUCUCUGUCACUCAGCUCUAGUCAAAAACACCCUUCUGACACCAAUUCAUAAAACCUUAUUGGUUUAGUUUCAGACGUGAUAGAAUCCAAUAAGAGUCUGUGCAACAUCAGAUCUAUGAUCUUUAAAUCAGUGGCUUAAAGAUUAUAGUUUUCAGUCCUUUCAAAACGUUAGUCUUGUAUAACUCAGAGAAUACCACUUGGUUGUUCAGUAUCAAAAAUGAUGCAUGAAGUCAGUCUGAACAUGAGGGUCAGGCUCGAGUCAUCAUGUAGGACUCCCAAGAGUCAAAGUCUCUUACAUUUCUAAUGUAUUUUAAUGCCAUUUGUAAACUGUCCUCACGAGUUUUGAAGGACAUCUUCAAACUCUUUUGUUUACAGUAAUGGAAAAUGUGAAUGUCAAAGUCAAUGUUUCACGGAAAAGUGACUUAAAAUAUGACAUGAGUGCAUCAUGGCGGUGUAAUGCAAGACAGUCAUGUGUGCCAAAGUAGCACAACUUGGACCCCAAAAGCAAAUGUUGUACCAUGACUCCCAGGUUAGUUUAUGUUGUGUGUAAACACAGUACUGUGUAAAUAUACAUACACUAAAGGCCAAAAGUUUGGAAGCAACUUCAAGUUUCUGUUCACAAUGCCUUUCUUAAAAACCAGUGUGAGUUUUAUGGAUUUUGGGACGUAUUUACUGCAUGAUCAGACUUUGCUUUCAUUGAUAUGCACCAUUUUCCUCAAUUUACCUUUAGGUAUACAUUGAUGUUACCAGGCCAUUGCUGAAUAAAUGUUAACAAAAGAAAAGAAGGGCUUAGUUUUAGGGUUGAGAAGAUUUGAGUUGAGUCACAACUUCGGUGCAAAAGUAAAAAAACAAAUCAGUUUGCAUUAUUCACUUUAGCUCUUUGGCUAUUGAGAGUUUGCGUACAAACAUCCCAAUAAAUCUCAACUGUGUUGAUAUCUCUGACAAACUACCACAGAAAUGGCUAGAAAGAAACAGCUGAGUAAAAAAACAAGUACAGAUUUGUACAUUGAGGAAAGAAGGAUACACUGAAAGAGAAAUUGCAAAACGCCUCUUAGUGUCCAACACAAGAGUUCACUACACCCUGAAGAGACUAGAAGAAAAUGGAAGUUAUGAUGAUAGAAAAAGGUCUGGCAAGAAACUACAAAACCAGAGGAUAAACAUAUCAUUGUCACCAGUAAGCGAGAAUGGCUAAAAACAGCACUGACAAAUAAGGUAUCAACAUGACAAACCCACGUCUCUGACAACUGUGAAAGAUGUUUGAGAAAGGCUGGUCUGAAAGGUUGUGUAUCUGCAAAAAAAAAAAAAAAAAAAAGACUGCUUUCGUCCACAGAACAAGAAAAAGAGAUAUGAGUGGGCAAAUGCAUACAAAAAACAAGUUACAAGUUCUCUGGACUGAUGAAAGCAAGUUUGAACUAUUUGGUUCAAAUCACAGAGUCUAUGUCCGCAGACAAACUGGUGAAAGUCUUAAAACACCAUGCGUAACACCCACAAUAAAGCAUGGAGGUGGUAGUGCCAUGGUAUGGGGAUGUUUUGAAGUUGAUAGAGUAGGAGAUUUGUUUGAGGUAAAGGGUGUAGUGAAGAAGGAACAGUACCACUCCAUCCUCUAGCAUUGUGCAGUUCCAUCUGGACUGAGACUUUUGGGUUGAAAGUUUGUUUUGCAGCAAAAUAAUGACUCUUAAGAAUUCUUCCAAGCUCUGUCAGGGUUACCUAGACAAAAAAAGAAGAUUAAGGUGUUCUUCGAAAGAUGGUUUACCCCCCUCAGUCUCCAGACCUCUCUCCAAAUUGAGCUUGUGUGGGACGAAUUGGAUCGAUCAGUCAGGAAAGUGCGUCCCACGAAACAGCAGUUAAGCUUCAUUGAUGAACUUAGGAAAGCUUGGAAUGCAGUUCCUGGCACAUACCUUAAAAAACUUGUGGAAUGAAUGCCUCGUAUAUGCCAUGCUAUUGUUAAAGCCAAAGGAGGUUACUUUGAAGAAAGCAAAGUCUAAGCAAGAAAAACCCAAAUACUUGAUCAUUAUAGUAAAAAUGUAUUCUGAUAAGUGACUCUUUAAAUAAUAAUCACGUUUAUUUUGUUGCAAAGUAUACCAAUGAAACUAUGAUCUUUUUUUGUACAAAUUUGAUCUUGCUUCCAAACUUUUGGCCUGUAGUGUAUACCGCUGAGAUGAAGCUGAUAUACUCUUGCUUAUGGUGACCAAAACAAGUGAAGUUGUCAACAACAGUGUGUAUAAUGUUUUGUGGAAAGGGUGGGGCAGAAAUGGGGGCCAAAGGGCAUUGUAUAAGUGACAAACAUCAACUUUUUUUGUAAGGCUAUUUAAUAAAUUUUCUGUCGAUGAA